GGAACAACCACUUUUCUCAUCCCGCAUUGUGGACCCCGGCCUAUCGGUUGAUAUAAGGCCCGUGGGUCACAAGCGACAUACUCCCUCCCUCCUCCAUCAUGUUCGCCAGGUUGCGACCCCUUCUUCUCCUCCCGACCCUUGUCGCAGCCGUAGAUAGGGGUCUCUUCACCUCGUCCGUCACGUAUUGCGAACCCCCCGAAACGCUCCUCGUCCAGCAAUUCGACAUCAAGUACACGACCGCCAACCAAUCCAUAACCUUUGACAUUUCCGCCGCUAGUGUCCAAGCUAAUGUCAGCGUCUCCGCAAACGUGUUGGUCAUGGUGUAUGGCAUCAAGCUGCUCAACACCACCAUUGACCUGUGCAGUAUCCUUGCGGGGGCCUUGUGUCCACUCCCUAUGUAUAAUUUCGUGGGGUCAGAUUCCAUAUCCCUCCCCGAAAAUCUCGGUGUGGUGAAUAAGAUUCCUUCGAUCGCUUUUGGCAUUCCCGACCUCGAAGCAUAUGCCCAGCUAAAGCUCGUCGAGGUUGGCACGGGGAAUAUCAAAGCCUGCGUCCAGGCGACCCUGUCAAAUGGAUGGUCUACGCAUCAGGAAAGCGUUUCAUGGGCGACCGCGGCCCUUGCAUUCUUCGCAUUGCUUGUUGGAGCCUGGCAGUCCGCGCGCACGGUCUACGGUGUGGUGCCAUACCGAUUUGUCGAGCUGCUCCACCUUUAUCAAACCAUCGCCACCACGGCUCUCUUGAGCAUCAACUUUCCCACCCUCUACCGCGCGUACGGGCUCAAUUUCGCGUGGGCCAUGGGUCUUAUCAGCUCCCCGCAUUCCAAAUUGCAGACCUCGAUCGACAACAUGCGCGCGUUGACGGGAGGUAGCCUUGCCAAUUCCUCGUCAGGCUCUGCGGUAGGGUUUGUCGAUCGGAAGCUGAGUCCGUGGAACACUGCUCUGACCCAGCCUUCGACGGGAUUCUCCACUUCGUUGGCGCAAUCUUUCUUUGCAACCGGGCCUCUUGAGUCCAACUUCUCGCUGUCACAAAUCUCGCUGAGCCAAGUACGCCAGCCGCCUGUGAGCACCGCUGUCGUCAACGAGGUCCAGACUGUCACGGACAGCUCGGCCAAUGUUCUGAAAGCGGGCUUACCGAUCUACGUCAACUCGAUCCACAUUGGGACCGCGAACACAUUCAUGACCACAUUUCUCGUCACCCUCGUCAUCAUCGCCAUCUUCAUUGCUGUGGCAGGCAUUCUGUUUGGUGUCGUGGUUGCUGCACGUUGGUCGCGAUGGGGCGGCAAGUCUCUGAGAAUGUGGUACAUUCCGUACGUGCGAUCAUGGGCUCUGCGGGUGGCGCUCGUUCUCAUUGCCCCGAUCUCGCUCUUUGCGCUCUACCAGUGGUCUUUGAAAGACUCCUGGCUAUCUAUUCUGCUCUCUGUGCUGACCUUCCUGGGAAUCUGGGCGUUUGUGCUGCACGCGGCAUUCCGAACGCUGAGACUAGCCCGAAGGGAAACAUCAGAAGCACUAGAAAGCGACCAAGCACACCUAGACUCGCACGCGUCUCUCUACGCACAGUACCGCACGGCCCGGUACUACUUCUUCCUCCUGUUCCUCGGCUCGACACUCGUCAAGGCGAUCGUACUGUCUGCUGCGCAGGACAACGGCCUCGCGCAGGUGGUGCUGUUCCUGAUCGUCGAGUUGGCCGUACUCGUCGCGAACAUCGUUCUGAAGCCAUACCGGACCCGCGGCGGGGACGUGUUCUCGACAUUCCUUGCCGUCGUGCGCGUCGUCUGCACGGGGCUGAUGCUGGCGUUCGUUGAAUCGAUCAACGUCGCCGCGAUCCCCCGAGUUGCCAUCGGGGCCGUAGCACUUGUGAUCUUCUCUGUGGCGGUGCUCAUUGUCGCCGUCAACAUCUUCCUGCACUCGGGCAUCUCGUGGCUCUGGCGUCACAGGAACGCAAGGUCGAGGAUGGCCUUGUCGUCGAGCUCGUCGCUAGACGCGGAGAAGGCCCAGAUGGAGUCGCCGAACCGGAUAGACUCGGAGUCGGCGAGCGUGCAGGGGUCUGUGCCGCGCUCUGAGGCGGGACUGAUGCAGAGUGACCACCGAUGAUGAUAUGGCAAGAUGUACGACCACGGACACUACUCACGACUGUUAAAUAGAUAUAGACACCACAACACACUCACUCGUUAGCAAAAGUUCUCUCUAAUUGCCCAUGUAUUAUCAGCAUUUGUACUUAUUUUCCGCAUCGUACACAGACCAGACAUGGAAUACCGACGUCAUGUCAGAAGCUGCGCUAACUUGGCGGAAGCCGCGACGUGCUAAAUUGACUGUGCUGAAGCUGGUUUGCCAUUUAUGUUUUUUUUUCGCAAGGUUUCUCUCUGGUCACACAAGCUCCAGAGCUCCAAAGCUUCAAGCUUCAAGCCUCGCGCCUCGCGCCUCGCGUAAUCUUUCUAGCUCAUUGAUCUCAUUCUGGAUUGCUCGCUGUGCCCAUUUCCCACGAGCCCGGACGACUGAACUACGGGAAAUACGCGCUACAUAAUUGACACAUAAUGAACCCACACUGCUUCUGCUCGGCCCAGCGCUCCCGGCCAGGAAGUUCAUUUAUGUAUGUAACUAGUGGCGUGCCUCGGAGCCUCCUUGUUUUCGCCGCACCUCCACCUCUUGCUCUUAUUUCCUCCCUGCUCUGCAACGAUGGGCCCGCAUACCCACCAUACGACUACGCCGACCCAGCCACGCACAGAAACCCAACCGCGCGAAACGCAUAUCUCUGCCAAGGCCCUCACGACUCUCCCGUUCCGUCUGUGUCACCCGCCGCCGCCGGUGGCCAAAACGAGCCGGACGUAUGGUGUUGCGCCGGCACUCCAAGUCUGCCUCGACGAUGUGUUGGAGCGCAGACAUCUGCCGCCAUUGGGUCUGAAGGAUUUCGAGGUACGAAUGUUGAUAUCCGAACAUCACACGACGACCAAAACCCCUCCCUCCCAGGAAUGGCUCCUGUACUGUGAAGACUCCGUGGAGAACCUGUACUUCAUCCUGUGGCUGAAAGAGUACACGAUCAAGCAUGCGAACUGGACGGCGGUGCGAACGGACAUGGAGCGGGGCGCAAGCGACUACCACCAUUGGCCGCUGCUCUCGUCCUCGCACCUGGCGCUUUUCUACGCACGAGCGAAACAGACGUUCUUCACGCCCAACGGGGCGUACGAGCUGCAGCUGCCGUCCGCCCUGCUCGCGCCGUUCCACGGCGUCAGCGCACCGGCGCACCCGGACCCAGCGUUGUUCGCGCCGCUGGCUGUGGAGAUCCGACGACAUCUUGACGCGAGUCUCGGGCGGUUUGUGCGGGCAGCAUGCUCAAACGUGGGGAGCCGGCGGGCACGGUGCGGGAUCGUUGCGGGCUGCACCUUCACGACUCUGCUCGGCGCAGCGCCGCUUGCAUGCGCAUUGGCCACGGGCGCGCCGCGCUGGGUACGCCUGAGCGCGUUUCCGGGGCUCUUCGUCGGGCUCGCGGUGCUUCUCGCGAGUCUCCAUGGCGUGUGUGUUGGGGUGUAUGUAUUCGGGGAUCUGCGGCAGUUGCGUGCGUUUGAGCUCACACGUCCGGCGAUUUCGCGGCCGUGUGCGAUAGAGGGACCCAGGGUGCAGCCGCCGGUGCAGGCGCAUGUGCGCAGUGUCUCGGUAGGCACGUACGCGUCAUCGUCGCUGUCGUCGCUGUCCGAUGGCUCAGACGAUACGGCGAUCCAUAUUUCACCUGCAUAUAUUGACCUGGAUCCUGUUGAAGGCCCAGCAACGAGUCCAUUGGAGACCGAACAUGUGCCGAGCAAGCCAUCCGACCCACUGACGACAACGACAGCGUCGUUCAUUCACCCGUUCGACGAGUACCCAGCAGACGACCCCCAGUUCGGUGGACCGCCACGGAUCUCAGCGCAGGACCGUCAGCAUCUUGCUGCAUUUGACUUCGACGCGCUGCCGGGUGCAAAAGCUUUGAUUGGACGGAUGCAGGCCAAAUGUAGCCCCAGCCGGGUAUCGGCCGUGCCCGCGUUCGCAGUACCGUUGACGCCAGUGCUAAGCUCGGUGAUUGUUCGCGGGCAGUGGGAGAUCGUGGUGCGGUCAGGACUAAUUGCGUUCGUGCUGGCGAUGAUAAUUUGCGGGGGACUAGUUGCUAUAUAAUAUUUUCUUGCUCACACAAAAGAUGGGAUCCCAAAUGCGAUGAAUUGCCAGAAGAGAGGUAUCGGUGAGAGUUGUUAUAGCUACAGCAUGGUUUCGUGUAAAAAGUAAAAAUGAUAUGCACCAGCACUAAAGAAAAUAACGGAGCACUCAUGCCGUGAUGGCGGCGUGGCAAGCGGUGUUCUGGGCGUCACAGUCAGAGACCUUGAACGUCGAGCUGCCCGAGUUGGCAAGGUUGGCACACUGGUUGUGCUGGACGUCGCAAGAGCGGCCGAGGGCACCAGCCUUGUUGAUGAACUCGGAGUUGUCAACAACGAAGCCCUUGGAUCCACCGACGGUCACAGGGGGAGCAGUAGCACCGCCGAGGGCACCGGUGAAGGUCUGGACGUUAGCACCGGUGGCAGCGGCAGCACCGUUGGAGGCAGCGGCAGCAGCGGUAGUAGCAGCAGGGGCAGCGGCAGCAGCGGCGGCGGUAGUGGCAGCAGCGGCGGCGGCAGUGGUGGCAGCAGCGGCAGCGGCGGGGGCGGCGGCAGCGACAGAUCCACCGGUGGAGCCAGCGACGGCGUUGCCUUGGUCAUCGACGGCGGUAACCUGGGCGAACUGGGACGAGGAACCGAAGGCUGCGUUCCAGGUGUCAGCGGCGAUACCGAACUUGAGCUGAGCAGUGGUCAAAGCGGCAACGGCGGUCUUGGCGGAAGCGCAAGUGGCCUUGGCGGUGGCGUCAGCGCCGCACUUGUUGACGAGGUUGUCACACAUGAACUGGGUGAUGAUUCCAACAGCCUGGGCGGAUCCGUGGGCGUACGCGGUCUGGUCAACGGGCUCGAACGAGGUCUCCUUGCGGUUGUCGAAGCCAACACCGAAUUUGAUCAGAGGGAGAGGGCAAGAUCCUGCCAAAUAAGAUCAGAUUCAACUGAAUGUGAAGAGAUAAAAGUCCUCACCAAAGUUUCCGGCAGCGGUCGAGGUGGCAGUGUCAACGGGAAUGGCGGCAACCAAGGCAGCGGUGGCCGCAGCACCGGCAGCAGCCGCGGGCGCUGCAGCGACGGCCACGUUUCCACCGGUGGAGCCAGCAAUGGCGUUACCCUGGUUGUCGACGGCACCGGUGUUGCGGAAGUUGGAGCUGACACCGAAAGCACCGUUCCAGGUGUCGGCAGCAAUACCGAACUUGAGGUCAGCGGCGGGCAAGGCAGAGACGGCGGUCUUAGCAGACGCGCAGGUGGCCUUAGCAGUCGCAUCAGCGCCACACUUGUUGACCAAGUUGUCGCACAUGAAUUGUUCGAUGAUGCCGACGGCCUGGGCAGAGCCGUGAGCGUAGGCAGUCUGGUCCUGGGGCUCGAAGGAAGUCUCCUUGCGGUUGUCAAAGCCCACACCGAACUUGAUCAGGGGCAGAGGGCAAGAGCCGAAGUUGCCGAACGAACCAGAGGUUCCGGUGGAGACCGCGAGCGCGGCGGUGGAGGCGGCGGUGGCAUCGGUCGCCGCGGCGGCAGCAGCAGUGGGCUGGACGGUGACCGUCACAGUGCUCUGGGGAGGGCAAGUGUCGGUGGCACCGGCGGCGGCAGCAACGGUGGUGGCAGCAGCGGCAGCGGUGGUGGCCGCGGCAGCAGCAGCGCCAGUGGCAGCAGCAACACCGGCAACGGCAGCGCUGAUCUCAGCGGCCGUGGCAUCCUCGACAAGGAGGUUCUGCGUGAAGAUGCAGCCGUUGGCGUCGUUGGCAUCGUCACAGGAGUUGCCCUUGGCGGUUGGGUCACCGAUCGUGCCGGCCUUGAAUGUGCCGGACUUGAGGGCCUGCUGAGGGUCACCGCCGAUCGAGGCGAUCUGCUUGGCGAGCUCCAGGACGAUCGCCUUGUUACCGGCGGCCGCGUUGGUGGACGCGGGGUCCUGGUGCUGCUGGACAGCGGCAAUCUCAGGGUUGGUGGCCUUCAAGCUGGUGCAGGUCUUCGAGAUAGCACCGACAGAUCCACUGUUGCGCUCCAGGGCACGGUAGAUGAGGGCAUCAGUCAUGCCCUGGAUGUCGCCCUUGGCCUUUGCGUUGGUGAAGGCCUGGUCGGCGGUCGCCUGCUGGAGGCAAG